AUGUUGUGCAGAUUGUCUAACAAAAUAAUUAAAAAAUUAAAAUUAAACAUAAGUCGGCGUUAUUUGUGGACCGAUUCGACAAUAGUGAUAGCUUGGAUUUCAUCACCUUCAGCAAAUUGGAAUGUGUUCGUCUCCCAUCGAGUGGGUGAAAUUCAAGACUUGACGUCAGCUCAUGAGUGGCGUCAUGUGAAAAGUGAUGAUAAUCCCGCUGACGUUAUUUCCCGCGGCCGAGAUCCUUCUAUGAUACAAAGUGAAAAAAUCUGGUGGGAAGGUCCUACAUGGCUAAAGAAAAAUGAAAGCUUUUGGCCAACAAUACCCAAGGUUGAUAAGAAAGUCGAAAUUCCUGAAAUGCGAAAAACAAUCAACCUCGUGUCAACAGUUAGUAACGAUUGGUCAGUUAUAGAACGUAGUUCAUCAUGGAUGAAAUUAUUGCGUGUCAUUGCGUACUGUCUACGUUUCAAUCGUCUUAAGGUAAAAAAUAUCGGACUAAUACAACCCGACGAAAUAGUCAAGGCAACUCAAUGCAUAGUGAAAGCAGUGCAAGUCCAGUAUUGGUCAGAAGAAAUCGCCGAUUUGAAAGCAACUGGUCAGGUGUCUAAAAAAAGCAAAAUAUUUCGUUUAUGUGCAUUCUUAGAUAAAAAUCAAAUUCUCAGAGUGGGUGGCAGACUAAAAAACGCCGAGACACUUGACGUUUUUCAACGACAUCCUAUGCUGAUUCCACAAACGUGUUCUGUCUCUAAGUUAAUAUUUCGCGAUGCACACGAAAGAACAAUGCAUGGGGGUCCAGCUGCAAUGCUUUCUUAUGUUCGAGAACGUUUUUGGACUAUACAUGGACGUAACAUGGCCAGAAAGAUAUUUUAUGAAUGCGUUCAUUGUUUUAGAACAAAACCUGUUACCGUUCAACCAAUAAUGGGUAACCUGCCAAAACAAAGGAUAGAACCAAGUCGACCAUUCUCCGUAUGUGGUAUAGAUUUCGCUGGACCUUUCAUGAUUAAAGGAAGUUUACGUCGAAAUGCACCGAUUACAAAGGGAUACUUAUGCGUUUUCGUAUGUUUUGCCACGAAGGCAAUACAUCUCGAAUUUGUUUGUGACUUGUCAACGCAAGCAUUUCUAAAUGCACUUAAACGUUUCACCAGCCGAAGAGGACUCUGUUCAGAUAUAUACUCAGACAAUGCAACAAAUUUCGUUGGGGCCAAUCGCAGAUUAUCCUAG